UAGAGAUCAAAUUAAAACCAAACACAAACGGUUAGCUUUGCCUAACAAAAAACAGUCCAAUGACUGCAAUUUCCAAGCUUAUAUUUGAACGCUUGGAAAUUGAGACCAGCCGCCCUCAGCUGAUUGCUCAUACCCUCCUCAAUAUCAAUUUAUGCAUCUUUAUAUACGUCGUCUCCUAGUUCAUCUCAUUCCACUGUCAUUUAGUUCAUCAGUGUGUGAGAGAUGAAUCCCAGAAGCUAUGCUUCUACUUCUUGGCCUUUCAUAGCCUUUGUUUAUGCAGUUACUAUCAGUGAAUUUGUGAUUGUGAGUGAGAGCUCAUAUUCCACAUCUUAUGAAGAUCGCUUCAUGAGACGCCUUGAUCCAUCUCGUCUGCACAAUUAUCAGUACAAUGGCCUCUCUUCUGCAUCUCCUUCUCACACUUAUCCUUCUCAAUCUCAUCUCACGCCACUAUCGGGAUCGCGUGUUUAUCACGUGGUUGCCUAUGGAGCUGAUCCUACUGGGGAAUCUGACAGCACCGAGGCGAUAGAGAAAGCCAUCUCUGAUGCAUUUCGGUAUCCCACGGAUGCUCACUUGAUGAAAGGCAUUUUAGACCUAGGAGGUUCUCAAAUUCACCUAGAUGGAGGGACUUACAAGAUCAGUCGCCCCUUGCGCUUACCAGACAUAGCGGCUGGCAAUUUCAUGAUACAUGGAGGAUCACUACGCGCAUCGGAUUCUUUUCCAAGUGAUGGCCAUCUAAUAGAAUUAAGGUCGUCGUCACCCUCUGUAAUGUAUGAAUAUAUCACACUCAAGGACUUGAUGUUAAACUGCAAUUUCAGAGGAGGUGGGAUAGCCAUUGUCAACUCACUGAGAACUACAGUAGAUAACUGCUACAUAUCACACUUCAUGAGCGAGGGGAUAGUAAUUGAAGGUGGGCAUGAAAGUUACAUAAGAAACUCAUUCAUUGGGCAGCACAUCAACAUGGGUGGAGACCGAGGUGAAAAGGACUUCUCAGGGAUUGGAGUGAAAAUGAUCGGAAAUGACAAUGUGUUGAGGGACAUAGUAAUAUACUCGGCAGAGAUUGGAGUGAUGGUGUUGGGACAAGCUAAUGUGUUAAUGGGAGUACAUUGCUACAACAAGGCGAGGGGAUUGGGUGGGAUCGGAAUUUACGUGGGGUCACCUGGUUUUACACAAACAAGGAUAGUGAAUUGCUACUUGGAUUACACAGGAGUGGUGGUGGAGGACCCAGUUCAAGUGCAUAUAACAGGAUGCUUCUUCUUAGGGAAUGCAUUGGUUGUACUGAAAUCGAUAGGGGGAGUAAUAAGUGGACUGAAUAUUGUGGAUAACAUGUUCUCGGGAGAUUAUACAGGGGUGAGAAUAGUUGAGUUGGAUGAAUCCAAGACUCCCUUCACUAGAAUUGAUCAAGUGGUGGUAGAUAGAAAUAAUGUUCGUGGGAUGGUGGUUAAAACGACGGUGGGAAGAGGAUCCACAAGGGCAAAUGGAACGACUUGGACGGUUGAUUUCUCAAGCCUAUUGUUAUUUCGUAACCUCAUAAAAAAUGUAGGGUACUCAUUGGAGAUGGAGCAGACUCAGGGUCAGGGUCAGGGUCAAGGUCAAGUUCAGGUAUUUCCAAACCAUGCCUUAACUAAUGUAUCGCACAACCGAGUAACUGUCCAGUCGAAUGUGGCAGUAGCAGCUACGUUACAUGUUCAAGUACACCAAACAACCUAUGCUUCGUGAUACAUACUAUUUUAAUUAGUUUUCUGGCCUCACAUAAAAUCGAAAUGAAAGCUUAAUUCAUUGUUUCUUGGUUCAUCAAUUGAUGUAUAGUAUACUAGUAAAGUAAAAGAAACGUCUUCAGUGUAUUCAGUUAUUGUUGAGAAUGAGCACUUCAGUUGUUUUAAUAUUA